CCACAGAACUCGCUACAGUGCUGUUGUGUUGCUGGUCCGAUGUAAUAUUCGUCACAAAAACAUAUUAUUUAUCUUUUACAGCGGCAUUAACGGUGGAACUUGAAAAAAAAUUAAAUAUUUCCAAUUGGUAAAUAGUAUUACAUAAUAUUAUUGAACACUCGAGAAGAGUAGUAGUCAGUUGUCCGCGUGGAAUAGAUUCCAGAUCGUUUCUUUUUCAGCGGGCAAACCGAACUCACAAGAUCCUCGACCACUUCUCUGCGUGCAGUAUACCAUCAUGAAGUACAUGGAUCUGUUCCGGAUUGUUGCGCUUAUUAGCGCGCUAUGCAUAAACGGGAACUUGGCGUUCACAUCCGGUGACGAUAAGUUCAUAAAAAAAUACGCCAUGAUGAAGGUGUACGAGAACUGUUUCGGGCCGGACGUGGUGAAAGAAGUGCGGAAGGAAAUGAAAAUAGCCACGGCCAAGUGCAACGGCAACAUGCCGAUGAGUGUACCUACGCCCAACAUUGGCUCUCUGAAACUGGCCACGGCGCCAUCAAGCAUACACGAAUUCAGCAGCGCACAUCUCCAACCAAACCAGCAGCACCAGACCAAGCCACAAGAGGAAGCGUCGUUCAGCAAGACGCAGCCUAGUGGCAUCGACAUAACGAAACUUCAGCAAGCCAUUCUGGCCGGAUACAAUAAGCACCUGCAGCAACAGUCUUCUCAUAAUUCAUACUCGCAGUCGGCAUCUGCAGCAUCGGCUUCGCAUCUCCAACCGCAACCACAGCUACCACAGCAACCACAGCAACAGUACAUCAAACCGUGGACGUCGGGAUCGUCAUCGGCGUUCUUGGACCAACAGCCGUCAUACAUGACAAACGCUCUAUUUUACCCACCAAACGCGGCCAACGACAUGUACCUGCCGAGGAUAUCUAACGUCCCACAACAGUCCUACCCGGGCCCGUAUCCCAUGAUGGCCGCCGGUCAAAUGUACCAGCCGUACUAUCAACCGUUCUACCCAACGCACAGGACUUCGAGGGUCGGAGGUUUUGACGUCCGCAACCAGAUGGACACGAUGGCUGCCAAAAUGACCGGCAAGAUCCGAAAUGUCACGUGCGUCAUGCAAGAACUCGGCUACCUCAACCAAAACAUGGAACCAGACUACGAAAACAUGAACGACAGGGUGAUGAGGCUACCGAUCGCCGAAGAGCUUAAACAAGACAUGGUAGACGGAAUUACAUAUUGCAAGAAAUUUUCGAUGUGCGUGCCGGAUGAAAGAAAAGACAAGUUCGCCAAAGAGUUAGUGCGGCCAAUGUUCUUUUUCAAAUGCUAUAAACAUAAAAAGUUGGAGUCGUGUAUAAUGAAGGAUAUCAGAGAUCGUUACACGUCAGAAGAAUUUGGCGAAGACAACAUGGUGACAUCCGAACGAUCGAUGAGAAGCUCACAGAACUUGGAAGACGAUACUAUUGAACAGACGGUUUUCGAUUACAUUUACGGAGACAAGUCCAUAGACUUGGACGUUUUACUGUGAGUGCAACUGCAAGUGCAAGUGCAGUUUAUCAACAACUAUAAAUGCUCAACCGCGUUUAUCACACGAAAGAAAAAUCUGUAAUCUGCGUCCUAGAAAGUCAAAUUAUAUACGUUUAAAAGUAUAUUUUUUUUCAUUAAAUUUCUCUAGAUUGUAAGAUGUAAGAGAUAUUUAAUUUAUUUUUAUGUACGUUGGUUCUGGUUUUAAAACGCUACUAAAGAUAAUUAAAUUAAUACCAGCAGUGGCGUUUCGAAAUCAGAACGAACUCUCCAACAUAAUAUUUAUGUAUUUAUUUUAAUUUGUUAAGCUUAUUAUAAUUUAUUUAUUACGAGUAAGAAUUUAGUAUAAAAAUAUAUUAUAAUAUACAUACCUAUAUUACGUAAAUGUAAGAUUUAUUUUUCAAAUUGUUCACAUUUUCUCGUUUUCUACGCAGACAUUUUCACAGUAACAAAUAGUUUAGGUACAUCAGUAUUUUUGGAAUGUUGGAUUUAAAAGGAAAUGCUUGAGCAGAUGUAAUUUUUGUUAUACAUUAAUCAAUAAAUUAUAAACUGUAAAUAAUAAUAGUAAUAAAAAUAAUUUUAUUCAACAAGUAUAAAAGAACAAAUUUUCUCACAUAAUAAUAAUUAUUGUUAUUAUUAUUGUAUUAUUGUUAUGUUUAGUUAAUUAUUUUAAACUUGUAUAUUUUAAACAAUAUUUGGGUGUUCAAUUAUCUCCAUGUAACAUAUUACAUUGAUAGUAUAAUAAUAAAUAAAUAGCGCAGAAUAAAAAUGAUUGUCAUACAAAAUGAUAAAAAUUGUAAAAUAUAUGA